UCAUCUCUGUAUUCUCUUGUAUUCAUUGUUUGUUCCUCUCAAAUUCAAAUAUCAGAAAUUAAUCUAUCCAACAAAACUUUAAAAUACGACACAGUAAAAAUAAAAACACAACAGAACAGAACAUAACAAAACCCUAGCUUCUUGUUCACCAUCUCCUCUCUUGUUAUUCAUUCAAAUCAAUGGACAAAAGAAUUAACUAGAUGACGAACAAAAUCGAAGGACAGAAUAACAAUCAAUCUCAAUCGAUAUGGACUACUUGGGAGGACCUGUUGUUAUCGUCCGCCGUCAGGCGCUACGGUCUCUCCGAUUGGUCUACGGUCGCGACGGAGCUUCAAUCCAGAGUGAACAACAAUCAAUUCACUCCUCAAUUCUGUGCUGAUAAGUUUUCUGACCUUAAGCGGCGUUUUGACGUUUCCGGUGACGGCGAAAAUGUCGCCGGCGACGGCGAAAAUGUCGCGGUGCCGUGGCUGGAUGAGUUGAAGAAUCUGAGGAUUAAGGAGCUCAAGGAGAUUGUGCAAGGACGCGGCGUGUCGAUCCAGAGCUUGAACUUGAAAGUGAAGAGAUUAGAGGAGGAGAGAGAAAGGAGCGGGAAAGAGGACGGGAGUGAUAAACAGAAGCCAGAUCUGGAGGCGGAGAGAUCGGAGAACGUUCAAAACGAUGAGAACGACGUCGUUAUGGCGGAAAAGGACGAGAAAAUCGGCGAAGUUGCCGGAGAUUCGGUGUCCGGCGACCGUUCGGAGAGGGAGAACAGGUCGGUUAACGAGUCAAACUCGACGGAGAAGAAAAGGAUGGAAACUGGACCGGUUCGGACCGGAGGUGAUAAACCGGUUGGACCGGUUCAGGCUGACUCGUGGAACGACAGUUCGAAACCGAGCGACGAGAAAAAAGCGGAGAACGAGUCAGUCAAGGUGGUUGAGUCGGCCGGCGGUGAGUCGAAAGGUGGGAAGGACAGUAACGAGGCGCAGAGCUCGGCGAGUUUGACGAGGAAGAGUAGGAGUAGUACUAGUAAUAGCGGUGGUGGCGAUGAACGUAUGACGUCGAAAACAACGAGUCGUGACUCGGUGAAAAAUACGGAGCAGUUGAACCGGUUUUUGAAUUCAAUCCGGUCUAGCAAGAACGGUCCGGUUUUUGAAGCUAGGCUCCAAAGCCAGAAAACUGAAAAGUACAAUAGCAUUAUCCGGCAACAUGUGGAUCUCGAAACAAUUCAAUCCCGGGUCAAUAAUGGUUCCUAUUCAUCAUGCACCACCAAAUUCUACUUGGAUCUUUUACUUCUCUUCAACAAUGCAAUUGUUUUCUACCCCAAAUCAUCUCCAGAAUCAACAGCUGCGGUGGACCUCAGAAAGUUUGUAUUGAAAGGAUUAAACAAGAAGCGUGGUGCAAAACAAUCCAACCCAUCACCUGAAUCUGGUCCAACUACUCUUCUCAAAAUCAAAUCGGACCCAGAAAGAUCUGACUCGUUGCUGGCAAAGCAAAAGAACUCUGCUCCUUUUAUUGUUUGCCGCAAGAGAAGUUCCAUAACAAGCAAACCAUCGGCUUCAAACAAACCACAGAAACCGGAGGAUAAACAGGUGUUGGAUACCAAACAGCCACCAGCUAGACCUUCCUCAUCAGCUAAACCUUCCUCAUCUUCCCCAAAUGAAGAAGAGAGCCUGUUGAAGUUGAAUCCAAAGGAAAAGCCGGUAACAGGGGCAAGAAGCAUGAGGAGGAGCAGUAGUGCUCGAAUCAACAACGCAUCUGCAAAAAACACAGCAAACACAACAGUGAAAACCCCAGUAACAAGCCCUAGCAUGAACCCUGGAUCAUCGACAGCUAAAGGAUCAGAGGGUUCCAAAGCUGAUAACAAGAAGAAAACUAAUCCCCUUCUGGUUAAAAAGCGGGAAGCUGCCGACUUUUUGAAACGAAUCAAGAAGAGUUCUCCUGCAAAAGGGACAUUGCUCGAUACAUUAAAGAAUUUGCCAGAAAAUAGUAAUUCAAGUAGCAAAAGAGAAACUAGAGAACAACCAAAGAAGAAAGUGGUGGAUGAACGGAAAGAAUCAACAAGAGGACGUCAGAAGGGCAGAGGCGGUGGAAAACGGGCAAAGGAGGAGGAAGCUAGUCAGUCAAAGCGGAAUGUGGGCAGGCCACCAAAGAGGGGUAGAGAUGACGGGGUGGCGUCGGGGAAGCGUGGGAAGGAAAUAGUGGAGGAGGAGGUGGUUGCUAAGAGGCCUAACAAAAGGAGUAAAAGGUGAAUGAUUAAAUACAGUGCAUGUAAGUUAUGUCAUAGGUUUGUGAUUUUUAGAGUUUACAUGAAUUAUUUGUUGUGUAACAGAUUUAGCUUUUGUAGCAGAUGAUUUUUCGGGUACAUACUAUACAUAGACCUUUAUAUUAUGGCAUGAUAGAUUGGGGGAGUUAAAUGAUAUGAAACGUUAACUGCUAGACAGCUUUUGUUAUUA